UCAUCAUGUGUGCUGAUUGCGCAUUUGCAGUUUCACGGAGCUAGGGCAGGGCAACUAGAAAUUAAGUGUGUUGAGGAUGACGAUAAGUUGUCGCAUUUGUAAGUAAGUCGAAACUCAAUUUAAAAUGUCAAAUCACAAUAUAAUUGAUGGGCAUUUGCACAAAGCAGGGCCGGGAAUUUUACAAAAAUUAUCACGCAGAUGGACUUGGAGAAGAUUUACUUUGUUCGAUGGAGGAAGAGGUCUGCAGCUGCAUUAUUAUGACGGGGAGACGGAAAAAGGUACGAUUUACCUUCGAGACUGUGAUAGAAUUACAAAGCAAGAGAGCUACUGUGGGAGACACAACAUCAUUGUUCUCGCGACCAAGAACUCUGGCCGAAAAUACCAUCUCAGUGCAAAGGACCAGGAUGAGAUGAAUUUGUGGUAUAAAACUAUUAACGAUAUCCUGAGUGAGAGGCACAGCACAAAAAAGCCAAUAUCAAAUGAAAGCAUUGCUGACCGAAGGGAGAGCGGAUAUGCUUCAAUGUACUCUGGGAAUAGCUUUCUUUAUGGAGUCGAUUUCAUAGACGGUGCCGGUGAAAGAGUAGAAGGGUUGGGCAACGGGACCGAACAUCUGGACGGAAAAUACCCGACUGAAAGUUACUGGCGGUCACGAAGUUCAAGCGGCGGCUCUAAUAAUAGCCAAGAAGAACUUGCUGGUGAGACUAUCACUCCCAUACAAGAAGAAGAAUGCGAAAAAACGCUUUAAGGGACUUAGCGACAAAAGCUUACAUCUUUCAACAUCCUCAUGACUAGAGUAGAUUUUAGAUUGCGAGAAUUGCGAGCCAACUCAGUAGCAAGUAUUUUUGACGCGCGGAGGCAGCGCCUGCCAGUAAAGUCGUCGGAGUUCUUUGUCAUAAUGUGCAUAAUAGCUUUUACUUCUAAUGGAUUUGUAUGGUUAGCAACAAAGCAAGAGUGGGACAAGGUCCAAGGCCUUCCCUUUUGUGCAUAAAGAAAAAUGAAAGGAAGAUUUUCGUAACUAUUUUCAAGGAUACAUCAAACGAUGUUCUGAGAAAUGUUAUUUAGCAGAAUAAUGUUACAAAUGCUAGAAAUAACUAGAAAUUAUUUGGUAAUAAAAGUGCCUCUUUCUUUCCUUUCUAUGUAUUUUGGUCUGGAAGGUGGGGAAAGGUAAAAAUUCUAGCCAUAAUGAGAUGAUGAGAAAUACAAGGUUAAUUUAGCUUUUUUACAGACACGUCUUUCUGGUAAUGAAAGGGAAGCAAACAUAACAAUGCAGAAAUCACAUUAUUCACUAGAAGCCAAGUAUCACUUAUAAAACAUGGAGAAAUGAUUAAAUGGGUUCCUUUCUUUGCGCCAAAAUCGAGUCCAUGGGGGGAGAGGGUACUCUCGCUUAUUUCAAAUAGGGGGUAAUCAAGAAGGAUUUCAAGAUUUUAACCCAAAAAAGUUUCUUUUGGGAUAAAAGUAAACCACAGAAAGUGACACUGUUUAGGACUAACAACAGCUCAAGUUUCAUGGAGCAAAUUUGGUCAAGUCUUGGAUAUUUUAACUUCGGGUCGGAUUUAGCUUAUCCAAUGUAUUGUUGCCCAAUUUCGUAAGGGAACGUUAAUGAUUAAUGUUUUAAAUUUAGCUAUUGCUCCAUUCUGUAUGUACUCAUAUGCAUAUUCAAGGAGCCCUUUCUUCCAAACUGGGCCUUCGUGUAGGGAUGCCCCCCCCCCUCCGCAAGUAAGCUAUCAAGAGUACUGUAAAUUUUCGAAAUAUCUGGUAAUUUUGUUUGAUAAUAUAAGAUAACAAUGUGAGUUCACUGUAAAACAUGUUUAGUGACCCAGAUAGGUCAGGAUACAAAAUAACUUACUAGAGAAUUUGCCCCUUGGCCCACUUUUUGGCAACCCUUUCUCUAAAAUUCUUCCUUUCGCCACGGCCUUUCGAAAAGUGUCGAAACUGUAUGUAUAUACUGAGCAUCUGAUAAAUUUUUAACUUUAAUGAACAUAUUGAAUAAGUAUUGUAUACGUUUUGUGUUUAUGGCUUUGUAAACGUAUUUUCCAAAUAUUGGGAAGUGGUUGUUACUGCUUCAGUUACGUUUUGUAAA